AAGAGGUCCGUGUUUGUCGCUGUUAGCCGGACUCGGUUCUUGUUUUCUGGGUUUUCGGGUCGGUUCGUGGAUUUUAUGAGCUGCUUGAACCUGCAGACGGUCUCUGUGUCUCCGCGGCUGUUCUCGGACAUUGAUCCGGCAGGAUGUCUCUGUGCUGGCUGUCGGUCCUCGUCGUCCUCGUCUCCUCCUCCUCGGCUCACAGUGACUUCUUCACCUCCAUCAGUCACAUGACCGACCUGCUGUUCAUGGAGAAGGACCUGGUCACGUCCUUGAAGGACUACAUCAGAGCGGAGGAGACCAAACUGGAGCAGAUCAAGAAGUGGGCUGACAAAUUGGACGUCCUCUCUGCAGCAGCCACUCAGGACCCUGAAGGUUUCCUCGGCCACCCGGUGAACGCCUUCAAACUGAUGAAGAGACUGAACACAGAGUGGGGCGAGCUGGAGAACCUGGUGCUGACGGACAUGUCUGAUGGGUUCAUCUCCAACCUCACCAUCCAGAGGCAGCACUUCCCCAACGAUGACGACCAGACCGGCGCCGCCAAAGCUCUGACGAGGCUGCUGGACACCUACGGGCUGGACACCAACACCAUCUCCACCGGAGAGCUGCCAGACUCGUCCUUGGCCGCCUCCCACCGGAGCAUUCUGACCGUAGACGACUGCUACGAUCUCGGGAAGGUGGCGUACUCGGAGGCAGACUACUACCACACAGAGCUGUGGAUGGUUCAGGCCCUGAAGCAGCUGGACCAGGGGGAGACGUCCAGUACCGUGGACACCGUCACCAUCCUGGACUACCUGAGCUUCUCGGUCUACCAGCAGGGGGAGCUGGAGAGAGCGCUGGACUUCACCAAGAGGCUGCUGGAGCUCGAUCCAACACACCAGCGAGCCAGCGGUAACCUGAAGUACUUUGAGUAUCAGCUGGUGAAGCAGAAGAAGGCGGAGGACAAAGACGAGGGCGAGGCGAGGGCGAAGACGAAAAAGGGCCGUCCUGAUGACUACCUGCCGGAGAGGAAGAAGUACGAGCAGCUGUGCCGCGGCGAGGGCAUCAGGAUGACUCCCCGCAGGCAGAGCCGCCUCUUCUGCCGUUACUACGACAACGACCGCCACCCGAAGUACGUGAUCGGCCCGGUGAAGCAGGAAGACGAGUGGGACCGACCUCGCAUCGUCCGCUACCACGACAUCGUGUCGGACACGGAGAUAGAGAAGGUGAAGGAACUGGCCAAGCCCAGGCUGCGUCGAGCCACCAUCUCCAACCCCGUCACCGGUGUGCUGGAGACGGCCCACUACCGCAUCAGUAAGAGCGCCUGGCUCGGAGCGUUUGAACAUCCGGUUGUGGACCGGAUCAACCAGAGGAUCGAGGACAUCACCGGCUUGGACGUCACCACGGCAGAGGAGCUGCAGGUGGCUAACUACGGUGUUGGAGGACAGUACGAGCCUCACUUUGACUUUGGACGGAAAGACGAGCCCGACGCCUUCGAAGAGCUCGGCACAGGAAACAGAAUCGCCACCUGGCUGCUCUACAUGAGUGACGUGCAGGCAGGGGGCGCCACAGUCUUCACGGAUGUCGGAGCGUCUGUUUGGCCCAAAAAGGGCUCGGCGGUGUUCUGGUACAAUCUGUACCCGAGUGGAGAAGGAGACUAUCGGACCAGACAUGCUGCCUGUCCGGUUCUGGUCGGCAACAAGUGGGUUUCCAAUAAAUGGAUCCAUGAACGAGGACAGGAGUUCAGGAGGCGCUGUGGACUACACGAGACCAACUGACACCAGAACCUCCUCCUCCUCAGUCGUCAGUCUCACUUCAGUCUGUAGCUGCACAUGUGACACAUUUAUUUUUAUCUGAAGAGUGUGUAUGUGUGUGUGUGUGUGUGUGUGUGUGUGUGUGUCGUUCAUUAAUUGAAUUGAAAUAAUUGAAAUCAGAAAAACGUUAAUUCUGUUUAAUUAAUAAAAAUGAUUUAAUCUUUAA